AUGGAAGUUCCUUUUAAGCCUCCGGAGAGCGGUUGUGCAAAUGCUAUUGCUCAUCAUCUCUUAGCCUGCGCUAUCUUCCAGUCAGAUGUUUAUGACGAGUGUGACACUGUUUUGCUGGAACGCGAGUUUCAAAUUUAUCGCUCGUAUCCUACUCUGGGUAUGACAAUUGUGCAACUUGUUGCUGAAAUUGCUGCAGGAAUGGACAAGAAGACUUUCAAAUCUAAAAUUUUGCCAACUAUCAGAAAUUAUCUUGAGACUGCACUUACUAGCUCCUCUGUGGAAUUUGUUUAUUUGGCAUUGCUAUUGAAGGACCGCUUUCCUUCCUAUAUCGCCGACUGUGUCAGUUUUGUGCAAAAAGAUGGAACUUGCACAUUUAGUGAUGACGACCUUACCUUUUUAGUGCUCAUCAUCAAGAAAUGUGACAGCUCAGCUUUGGAGCCUUUCCUCAAACUUCUGUUAACGUCAGCCCGUGCGUCAGGGCAGUUCUCUUUAGUUUACAAAAAUGUGGUUGAAAAGUGGUGCACGUCAGGUGAUGAAUCCAAAGUACUCGAACGUAUCUUUGAUACUGCCAAGUUAACCUUAUCCAUUGGAGAAGGUUCUUAUGAUGAGGUACUGGCUGUAUUCUCACCUCUUCUGCUUAAGAGAAUUACACAAGUUGCGCGUGGGAAAAAGAACGCUCAACAACGAUUGAUGCAUGGGAAGGUUUCUUUU